AUCGAUUCAAUACACACAACACCACAGCAACAACAAAUAAAUGGCGCUCGCGCUGUUAGCAUCUCCUCCACCUCCUCCUCAGCUCAGGGUCCGUCGCAGCAUUUGCAGAACGAGCUGUUCCCUCUUCGCCCCCGCACAGCAGCGAGCCAAGCGGAACCUUCUGGAUCUCAUCUCCGACCAGGACCGAGGUCUGAGAACCCAGAAAGACGCCGCGAAGCGAGAGGCGAUCGUGAACGCCAUCGAGGCCAUGGCGGCCAUCGGGCGAAACUCCGUCACCACAGGAGACUCUCUGUCCGCCACGUGGAGACUCCUGUGGACGACGGAGAAAGAGCAGCUGUUCAUCAUAGAGAAGGCGGGCGUGUUCGGCACGCGCGCCGGAGAGGUGCUGCAGGUGAUCGACGUGAGGAAAGGGACGCUCAACAACGUCAUCACUUUCCCUCCCGACGGGGUUUUCUUCGUGCGCUCUGAUAUCGACAUUUCUUCCCCGCAGAGAGUCGAUUUCAGAUUCACUAGUGCGGUGUUGAGAGGAAGCAAUUGGGAGAUCCCGCUUCCACCGUUUGGCCAGGGCUGGUUUGAAAAUGUGUAUAUGGAUGGUGACAUCAGAGUGGCCAAGGACAUCAGAGGGGACUACUUAGUUGUUGAUCGUGCUCCUUUUAACUGGAGAGAAUGAUCAGACACACACCAUUGUUACUGAACAAUGCAUCUCUUCUUCCCUUGUUGUUUCUUUUUUUUUUAUGAUCUUCGCUUUGUACAUCAGCUAUAAAAACACUACUCCUGGUUUUAAUGUAACCUUCCUAGACCCA